CUACCAGUUCUCUCUAUAACAGCGGCAGCACGGGUCGAAACUUUGCAGUCGACCGCGAGUACGCGACGCGCUAGUAGUGUUUUGAUCGACACGCGUGUGUGAGGCGAGACGAGUCGAGUCGAACCGAACAUCACAAGAAUGAAGAAUUGGCUAUGGAUUAUGAUAACGGCUCUUGUACUACUGUCAUUGACAGCAGUAAGCGAAGGUGCCGACUACUCGGACCUUCGUGGUCCAUAUUGUGCAUCAAUAAGGAAUAGCUGCUGUCGUGGACGAAUUGAUGAAUGUUCAGUGCCCAUCCUGGGCACACGCUGUUACUGUGAUGAUUUCUGUAACCGGACACGCUCCGAAGAUUGUUGCCCAGACUUUUGGAGCUUCUGCUUGGGAAUAGAUCCUCCUUUAGAAAUAGGAAGUUGCUACCACAAUGGCCAUUACUACCAGUUUGGUGAAACUGUGAAGAUUAACUGCAACUUGUGCAAAUGCCAACAAGCAGGCAACAAGGUGGAGCUACUGUGUGAACGGAAUGAAUGCCUGGUAGAGCCAGAAGUCUUAUCGAAGGUCAACUCAGGUGGAUACCAUCUCAACUGGCGAGCAAGUAAUUACUCAACAUUCUGGGGACGACGACUAAAUGAGGGCAUCUCACUCAGGCUGGGAACAUUGCAGCCUCAGAAAACGGUCAUGAGGAUGCGUCCAGUGACUCCAGUAUAUGACCCCCGACGUUUACCACGCAGUUUUGAUGCUCGAAAAAUAUGGCCUGGGUUUGUGGAAGCAGUGCGGGAUCAGGGGUGGUGUGGAUCAUCAUGGGCUUUGUCUACAGUGUCUGUAGCAUCAGAUCGCUUUGCUAUCAUGUCUCGAGGUCUGGAGAAAGUGCAACUCUCAGCACAGCAUCUGUUGGCAUGCAAUAAUCGUGGACAGAGGGCAUGUCAGGGCGGACACUUGGAUCGUGCAUGGCUCUUCCUCCGCAAGUUUGGUGUGGUGGAUGAACCUUGCUAUCCAUACACAGCAGGAUCAGGGUUCUUGGAAAGGUGUCGCCUACCUAAGCGGUCAAACUUGCUUACAGCUCGCUGCAAUCCACCAGCCCAUCCCCAGACAGUUCUACGUACUGAUAUCUACCGCAUGGGACCAGCAUAUCGUCUUGGCUCUGAACAGGAUGUUAUGUAUGAGAUUAUGGAGUCCGGACCAGUUCAAGCUACCAUGAAGGUGUAUCAGGAUUUUUUCCUGUAUCGGGGUGGAGUGUAUCAUCGCUCUGGCUAUGGAGAUCAGACCUCCAAUGGCUACCAUUCAGUGCGAGUGGUUGGUUGGGGUGAGGAUGUGACACAUGGAGAGCCCAUCAAAUAUUGGUUGGUAGCAAAUUCUUGGGGAAACCACUGGGGAGAGAAUGGCUACUUCCGAAUUCGAAGAGGUGUCAACGAAUGUGAAAUUGAAGACUUUGUGUUGGCUGCAUGGGCUGACACCCUUGUACAGACUGUUCCAGUCAACCCACUCACUCCGAACAAUCAACUCAGUAACAAUAUCUAGAUAAUAAACAUAACAGCAUAUGCUGUGCAAUGCCAUGAACACUGCCAUAAACAAUGAGUGUAUGAGUAGAAUAAGUACUGUGUUUAUGAUGUUGACAGCAGUACCAGUAGGGCUUCAGUUCAGAGCAAUCCAGACUACACAAUUGUUGCUGAAGUGAUAACAGCCCCCAAGAGCAAUCAGUUUUUAAAAUGGUGAGACAGAAGCAUAGGCAUGCUUGAGUCUUUGGUCAUCUAGAUUCAAAAUGCAUUUACAUAGCUGGAUAGAUAACAUAGCUGUUCAUAUAAUUUGUGCACUUAUCAUUGUUAAGUCACGUAUUGUUUAUUAACCAUCAAAGUGCCACUAGAGGUCUAAUGGUCUAUAGGUUACUCUGCUGAUCAAUUGCUAAAAUAUUUAGAUAGAUGAAGUCUAGUUGCUUAUUCACUUCAGCUGUGUGCAUGUUCUGCAUAAAUUGUGUUUUGUGUGUUGAUCACAAAUUAUUGUCUUGACUUUUCAUACAAUGAUUCUUUAAGUGGAACACUUGCGAACUCAUCAGUAUUAUGCUUUUGAUGCUGUUUUAGGAAAGGCUAAUAUUCUGCUACUGUUUUAAAACUACUGCACAAAAAUAUUGAGAGGAGUGCUUGAACAAAACUUUUAAAUUGUGGAAGUGGUUCAAGGAAGAACAGAAUUUGCACUUUGGAUUAUGUUAAGUUGGGGCUUUCAUAUUUAACAACUGAAAGCAAAAUUUGAAGAAAUGUGUACACAUCUCUGGAGAGUGCUUUGAGAAAUGCAAAGUGGAACUUGACAGCAGUAUAGUGAUGGCAGGUGCAGUUCACAGAUUAUAUGAACAGCUUGUGUUCCAGUGACUAUUUAUGUAAUUAACCCCGUGUCAGUUAUACUUUAUUCCCAUUGCCUGUAGAGUCGACAUUAUACGAGGCGUAUUCGGAAAGUAAGUACCGUUUGGGAAUUAACAAAAAACAAAACAUAUUUUUUAAAAAAAAUGUAUUUUCAUCAGAUUCUACGUUUCUUGGGCUACCUUUCGACAUAGGUACCGCCAUUAUUGAGGCACUUAUCAUAGCGGAACACAGGUUUUUGUAUACCACCCUCGUAGAACGCGGCCGCCUGCGAUGUCAGCCACUGCUGCACUGCCUCUUUCACUUCAUCGUCGUCAACAAAAUGUUGACCAACCAGGAAUUUCAAGUGUGGGAAGAGGUGAAAGCCGCUUGGCGCCAAGUCGGGGUUGUACGGGGGGGUGAUUCAUUUGUUCCCAUCAAAUAACGUGAUAAGGUUUUGAGUCUGAGCAGCAGCGUAUGGUCGAGUGUUGUCGUGAUGGUCGCCCAAUUCGCGCCUCAUCAUUAACGUUUUCACGCCCUUCAUUGAACUUGUGAACCCAUUUCCUAACCAUACCAUCACUCAUUGCAUUUUCACCAUAAACAAAUCUGGCGAUGAAUAUCAACCGGCCGCACAUUCCCAGCGUUAAGAAAACGAAUAACAGACCUUAUUUCACAGUCGGCGGGCCGUUCAAUUUUCUUAAACAUUAUUAACGCCCACGGAAUAAUGUUAACUGACACUACUUUCACGAAAUGGCGUCUGUGAUGAAUCAAUGGAUAGAGGAAGGCACCGCGCAUGCGCAAACGGAUUGUUUCGAUGAUGCGCGGGAGGUAUGCCCAAACGGUACUUACUUUCCGAAUACAUACCAGGAAAGGUAUAUGGUGCAAUAGAUUAAAAAUCUUGUUUAAAAUAUGCUGACAGUUGCAGUGAAGGAGCUGCUCAAAAUUAUGAAUGGUAGUUAUUACAGCCAACCACAAGUCACUGUUCCAAGCACAGCACAAAAAUUAUUGUCAUCUGGUCACUAGAGCCAACAAGAAACUUUCAGCUACUGGCUAAUUUUCUACUGAGGUCUUUGGAGUUGGCUUUUCAAGAUGCAGUUGUAGUCCCAUUAAAUGAUAUUUACCCAUUACCAUGUACUGCUGCCCAGAAUAUCAGUAUCUGACUUAUUUUAUUUUGGCUUUCCAGACUAGCCUAAUGUCCCAAAUGUUUUGAGUGCCCCCUUUGCCUUAUUAGUUUUAUGUUUUAUCUGGUGACCAAAAUAUGUCUGGCUUCCAAAUUUUCAAAGAUUACUAUCAGUCUGUCUUUCUGCUGUGAUGACAUCACAUGACCUGUGAAUUUUGUAACUUCCCAAUCUGAGGAUCAACAGGUCAGAAUGUCACUACUUGCUCUAUGUGUGUGUGUGUAUAUGUACACUCUGUAGUUAUAAUGUAUGAAGUACAAUGAGGUGCCCCAAGUUUUUCAGGCAAACUUUCAUUUUGGCUACAUAUUACCCUUUGAAGGCCAGGUAUUUUACUUUCUAAAGAGGAGCACAAGGGUUUAAUUAUACCACAACUGCUGUGUUAUAAUUUUCCAGCAGAUAUAUUGUACAUACAACUCCUACACUGCCACCUGUUCUUAUCACUGCCAAACAUAUAAUUACCCCCCCCCCCCCCCAGAAAACAUAACCUUUAACUGUAACAAAAGAAUAUUAAAGUAACAUCAGAGGAUAUUUCUAUGAAUGUGUAAGUAUGGUAGACCUGAUGACCAAAUCCUCCAGUUGAAGAGAAUUAUGAGAAGUUAUUCAUUUAUCAUUUCUAGUCUACUAUGAAUAAUAUGCAUGUGAUCAAGAAGAGGUGAUUUGAUUACUCCCUCAGAAGAAUCACAGUUAUACAACAUUCAUUUCUAGUACUUUAUUAUAAAUGUUGGACAGAAGAUUUGUGUGAACAGCAAGGGAAAUUAUAGGUUUAUUAGUAUUGUAAUUGAAUGUGGUAUAUUAGUUUUACAGAAUAGUAUGUCUUUCAAAAUAAAUUUUAAAGCAAUAAAAUUACUCUGAGUAGGAUUUGAAGUUCUAAUGGCAUCAAACAUGAAGACUGCUUUCUUCUGGGUUGUGAACUGUGCAGUCCAGUUGAAGUUUACAUUGUUUUAGAGGUGUUUGAUUCCUCUAUCAUCGGGGAACUUCUGCCAGACAUGUCUCAACCCAGAAGACAGCCGUCUUCAAAUUGCUCUCAAAUUACACUGCUUGAAGCACUUGCUACAUGUGUACAGACUUUACCAAUUUUUAUUGAUAUACUGUCAAUGUAAGUUGGUUGGUGUUUUUCCUAUGAUGCCACUAUUAUGUUGCACUGCCCUUGAUAUUCUACAGAAUUUUGUCAUCAGGAUCUUGAACUUAUUCAGUUUAUUUUCAAUGAUUAUACAGUUCAUUUUAUGUGUGGUUAGCGAUGGUCACUUUAAGACCUUGGUAUUGAAGAACCGUCUUUAUUUUGGCAGCACAAAGUGUCAGGAGUAAUCACGACUUAUGAUUAGUAUAUAAACUACAAAGAUCUUUACUACAAUGGGAUGUCUGGUUAAUGUUUAUAAUGUAUGCCAUUACUCUGAAAGUCAUGAGUUUGGCAGUUAGAUUGGAUCAACUUGAUAUAUACUUGAGAUAUAUCUCCAGCUGUGAAUUGAUUAGAUAAAAUUGAUUUUUGGUAGCUUAUGAGUUUCAGCUUGAUGCAUCUUAAAAUCAGUAGUUGAUGUGUAGUGCCAUGGCAAAACAUUCACAUAAUAUUGGAGCAAAUAAGAUUGGCUAGUUGGUUUUUGAUUCUGAUUCUGAAGAGCAAAUUGCUCAAAACGACUCUGAUCUUGAAUCCACAUAUAUAUAUAUAUAUAUUUGAUGAUACAGUUCCAGUAACUUGGGCAUGGCUCAUCAGAAGGAGUGAAGGCAGGGCUUGAGUAUAUUAGUAUAUUAAUUCUGAUACUGGUUUGAAUCGCAUUACUGAACCUGUAUUAUUACAUAUGUUUAUAAUUUGACCUUUUUUAUUGAUAUUUGUAUAUGAACUGUUUAUAAUAUUUUGGUACAGUCAAACUGCUACUUCAAAAUGAAUGAAAAUCUACCAGACAAAAUGAGUUCUGA